AACAACAACAACAACAACAACAAUACAUGGAGGAGAUCGAGCACGUCUACGAACCGCUUACGGAGGAACAUCUCAACAUGACAGUCGAAGAAUAUAUCAACGUGUUGGUUCACAAAGAAAUCGAAAAAAUCCAAAGCAAUGGUGAUGCGUUGAUUGAACAACUUGAAUCGACUGUGGAUGGGAUACGACAAAAGCUUACUUGUACAUCAUCAUCAUCGUCCAACAAGGACAAGGGCUUAUAGUAUUAAGCCCAUCAUUUGCAUAUAACAUCAAAUACGAGCUCUUUUUUUUUUCUUUUAAGCAUUUGUUUACAUUCCCAAACCCCCCCCCCAAAAAAAAAAAAUCAUUAGCCUCCCGUCCGUAUCGCAUUCCCAGUUAUAUCCAUUUCAAUCUUUUGUGUGAAUACACGAGUAAUCUCAUUUCCGCGCAUAAUAGCAGCAACAUUGAGUAUAAAGAUAUUUCAAAUGUAAACAGACACUUGUUGUCUUGACUUUCAUCCCACACGGUGUGUGUAUC